GCGUCUUGGUAUACAACAGUUGUCAACAACAUCAGCAAUGUAUCAACUAUACCAGCAGAUAAACAAGGAUGACAAGCACACAUACAAACUCCUUCAGCUACCACCCGACCUCCUAACUCAUCUUUCCACGUCGUCCGACUCCGAGCUUUUAAUAAAGUCCGACGCAGAUGCUUCGUCAGUUGUGAUUUGCAACAAUGAUACCACCUGGAAAUUGCGCCAGAUGAACCACUCCAAUACAGUAGUACUAUUGGACAAUCUAAACAUCAAACACAGAGAUACCAGCUUAUCUGAAACCACUAAUGUUUUAAUAGGAGGGGAUAUGUGCUCAUACGAGUACGAAUUGACUCUGACUAAAGGGGUCAUUAAUGUGGACAAGAUACCCGUGUAUGAUGGUGACGAAUUACAAGAGAGUAUUACUCUAGAUGAGUUAUCAUACGACAGUUUAUGUUCCAAGAACGAGUUUGUCAACAACUGGUAUGAGUUAGGUGGGUGUGAAAUUAUGGGUAAAGCAUAUUUGUUGUCGCCAAGAUUAAUUACCGAGAUAUUGUAUGUUAUAAUCACCUACUUGAUCAGCCGUAAGAUCAAUUACAACAAUCUGUUCAAUUUGCAGGAUAUAAAAGUUGUUGAUGAGAAUAUCAACGAAUCAAUGGUGUUUUCUGUAUUACACAAAUUUGGACAGGUCGCUGAUAACGAAGUCACCUUGCAAAAUGAUAAAAUUGCCAAAUGGUUUGGGGUGAUUGAAUUAGCAAAAUCAGAUGAUUUGAUCAAUGCCAAUGACUUCUUGAUCAAUUGGAAAGGAUCAUUACCACCAUUCUACAAUGUUAGCUUAGAUAUUGCUGACUUGAGAGGAUAUUACAGUAGUCCAAUAUUGAAUAAAAUGAGAUACGUUAACCCAAAACUAUUAUCAACAAACUUGAGCACGCGAUUUAGCCAGUUGUUUGAAAUUGACAAUAAUUGGGAUUAUGAUUUGUUUGUACCUUUAAUUGAAGAGUUUGUACCAAAGGGCAAGAAAAUUGAUACUUUGAUUAUAAAGUAUGCAAGAAAGAAGAAGAUAACCAAGAAUAAAUUUACAGUGUGUCCUCGAUGAUUCGUGAAUCAUAUAGUGUGACUUAACCCUGGGCAAAUAAAAAAAAAAAGUGCACUGAAAAAGUUGAAAAAUUUUGGAACUUUACCAACAGCCUUAUAGAAUAUCAUAGACAUAAACAUGGAUAACUCCACUUUUAUAAUAUCAUUAAUUAGUGGUGCCUGUGCAGGUACAUCCACCGAUCUUGCAUUUUUCCCCAUUGAUACCAUAAAAACCAGACUUCAAGCUAAGGGAGGAUUCUUCGCCAAUGGAGGAUAUCAUGGAAUUUAUCGAGGAUUGGGAUCUUGCGUAGUUGCCCUGGCCCCGCUGGCUUCCCUUUUCUUCAUCACGUACGAUUCCAUGAAGAUUUAUACUAAGCAAUAUAUUGAUUCACCAGUGCAGCGCCAUAUGAUUUCUUCCUCAUGCGGUGAAAUUGCCGCGUGUUUGGUAAGAGUUCCUGCUGAAGUUAUCAAACAACGUACUCAAACUGGGAGAGUAGGGCAUAAUGGUGUCAGUUCGAGUUGGUCGAAUUUCAUGUAUUUGAUCAAGGAUAAAUCGGGAGAGGGAUUAAUCCGAGGAUUGUACCGUGGAUGGAACACCACCAUAAUGAGAGAAAUUCCGUUCACAGUGAUUCAAUUUCCGUUGUAUGAAUGGCUUAAGGAGAAAUGGGCCAAGACUACUCAUAGUGCAGAAAAGCUUUCGGCAGUCAAAGGUGCCAUAUGUGGAUCAAUUGCCGGCGGGGUGGCUGCGGCCUUGACUACUCCGUUAGAUGUGAUCAAGACGAGAAUUAUGUUACAUAAGGAUAGAGUUAAUGUUGUCGAUGUAGUCAAGAGUAUUAUUCGCGAGGAAGGGCUUGGUACAUUCUUGAAUGGGAUCGGACCAAGAACUGCUUGGAUCAGUGCUGGUGGGGCAAUCUUUUUGGGUUGUUAUGAAUUAGUUCAUGCCAGUUUGAGCUAUUCCAAGGAAGAGAAGUUGCAAUAGAACAUGUAUAUAUAUAUAUAUAUCGGAGCCGACCUAAGUCCGAACACUAGAUUUUUAAUAUUUUUUUUUGUUUGAUUUCAUAGCAUAUUUAUAGAUCUAUAACGUCAACCAGCUAAUCUUUGAGGUAGAUCUGACGACGAUCUAUGGUAAUUCUCCAUUGCCGAUUCGGAUGAGGACGUGCGAGUCACGUACCUAUGGCGCCCUUUGUUUAACUCCGAAUGCAUUAGAUGUGACAAACGGAUUUUAAGUAAAUUCAUCCUCCUCUCCAACCCCAACUAGACUUCUCCACCUGUAAACAAUCCCCGUGCCACUACGCAACCAGAACAAAUCUUGACUCGGACCGUUCCGUGGCGUUUUUGAUUGUUUAGAUUAUCAGAGCCCGGC